CAAGCCAACACCACCGCCACCAUCACCAACAGCUUCUGUUGGUGUAAUUAGCUUCACUUCCCAGCUUCAUCACCCCGCCGCCGAGCCCGCCGCCGCCCGAGGCGGGCAAUUUCCUAACAAGCCCUGACAGCCGGCCCCGUCCCAACCCGCUCGCCGGCGGAUUUCGCCAUCAUCCACUGCACCAACAUCACCCCCAACGAAACCCCCCAAACAACGCGAGACCAUGGUCGCGCACGACGCGCAAUCAUCCGCGCGCCUGUCCACUUUGGGCAGAGGCGACGACGGAGCAGCCUCUGCCGAGCGGCAGCCCCUUCUGGCGCCGGACGGGGUCGGCGCUGCUGUUGUCCGCGGUGGUGGUGGUGGUGGUGGUGGGAGCCGCGGAGCAGGGGGUGCCGACGACGAGGAGGAGACGGCCGUCGGCGUUGACGGUGGCAGUGGAAGAUCGGGCACGUUCUCGCGCAACCUCGGCGCGGUGGAGGCGUUUGCCAUCGUGGUCAGCAUCGUCAUCGGCAGCGGGGUGUUCACGUCGCCUGGGUCGAUCGAUUCCAAUGUGCCGUCGCCGGGCGUGGCGCUGGUGGUGUGGUUGGUCGGGGGCGUGCUGGCGUGGUCGGGGGCGAGUACCAUGGCUGAAUUGGGCACGGCGAUUCCGGGGGAAGGCGGAGUGCAGCCGUAUCUCAAGUACAUCUUCGGGGACGUGUUCGGCUUUUUGGCGGCGUGGACCUGGGUUGUGGCCGUCAUGCCUGCGACCCUGGCCAUUCUGAGCAUCGUCUUCAUCGAGAGCAUCUACUCGGCGGCCGGCGUGACCGGGGAAGGGGACAGGAUCGCGCACAAGCUGCUGUCGAUCGUGGUGCUCGUGCUUAUCGGCGUGGCGAACUCCAUCAGCACCAAAGCCAGCACGCGGCUCAACAACUUCUUCGUCGCUACCAAGUUCAUCACAAUCGCCGCCGUGGUCUUGGCUGGAGUAGUCGUGGUCUUUCUACAAAUCGGCAACCCCAACAGGGAGGUGGGCGGCGGCGACUGGAACAAGAAGCCGUGGUUCGGCUACCGGGAUAGCUUGAACCCCGACGGCAGCGUGACGCAUUGGGCUGGGCUGGGCCAGUGGGAGAUGUUCGGGCAUCUGUCGGCCGCUUUGUACGCGGCGUUGUGGGCGUACUCGGGAUGGGACAAAGCGAUCUACAUCUCGGCAGAGCUCUCAGCACCCGCACGCCAACUACCCCUUGCCAUCAACGUCUCCAUUCCCAGCAUCAUCUUGUGCUUCCUCACGGCGAACGCAGCCUAUUACAUCUUGCUACCGUGGGACGUCGUCUCAACCACGGACAGUGUGGCGGUUACCGCCAUUACGCGUCUCCUGGGCGCCGGAUUUGGCAUUGUGGCUGCCGUAUUCAUCUGUCUCGUCGUCGCCGGCUCUCUGCUCGGAAACUCUUUUGUAGCCGGCCGCAUGGCCGUGGCCGCAGCAAAUCAGAACUGGCUCCCUCGCAUCCUCAGCGUGGUGGGCAAAGUUGGGACCGAACCAGAGAGCUCGCGGGACGAUCCGCAGAAGCCCCCUGACUCGGACGCGCCCAUCAACGCCAUCAUCCUGUCUACGCUCCUCUCGGCGGCCUACAUCUUGCUCGGGAACUUCCGCGCGCUCCUGACCUUCAACGGCUUGGGCGAGUACACCUUCUUCUUCCUGACUGUUCUCGGCGCCAUCAUCUUGCGAUACCGCGAGCUACGUCUUGAGCGGCCCUACAAGCCUCUCGUCUUGAUCCCCGUCAUCUUCGCACUGGUGAGUGGGUUCGUGGUCGUCCGCGGAGCCAUUUUCGCCCCAACACAGGCGUUCGUUUUGAUUGGGCUGUGGGCGCUUGGUGUGGCCGUAUAUUGGGCUCAGAGGCGGUUCCAGGGACCGUCAUGAUGAGCGUUCGAUUCUCUCGAGCUCUUUCAGGUUAUGAGAACUAGCCAGUACACGUUUUUCUUUCGUUUUAUUUCCCCUCUUUUUUUCUUUCUGUAACGGCACACACGGGACACAUGGAAUCGGUGCCGAAGACCUCGUGAUGUCAGGGAGGCACUGGACAUGAAGGACAUAGACACGGGUAUGGGUGGAGAGCGCAUGUAAGAUUAGGACGCAUAUGUCUUGCAGCUGUGACAGCUGUGUCAAUGGAGCGCCCAGCUACAUAAGACUGGGCGAAUAGGCCGUCUGCUUUCUGAUCAGUCUUUGACAUGAAUGAGAACUAUCC